AUGGAGGCAUCCGCCUCAGCCACGGCCACGGACAAGAAGGAAGUCAAAGGUGGGAUCCUGGAGGGCCUCGCUUUCCCUGACCCCGGCAGGAAAGCCUCGGCCCUUGCGGUGGCCACAGCGGCGGCGGCAGCCGCGGUAGCUGCCCAAGGAGUGCCGCCGCAUCUCCUGCCACCGUUCCACGCCCCCUUCCCGCUUGACAUGCGACACCAGGAGGGACGGUACCAUUACGAGCCUCACUCUGUCCCCGGCGUGCAUGGGCCUCCCGCCCUGAGCGGCAGCCCUGUCAUCUCUGAUAUCUCAUUGAUUCGGCUUUCCCCACACCCCGCCGGCCCCGGGGAGUCCCCCUUCAACGCCCCCCACCCGUACGUGAGCCCCCACAUGGACCAUUACCUGCGGGCCGUGCACGGCAGCCCAACACAUCCCGCCAUCUCUGCAGCCAGGGGCCUCAGCCCCGCGGAUGUGGCUCACGAGCACCUUAAGGAGCGGGGGCUGUUUGGCCUUCCCGCUGCAGGCACCAACGCCUCAGACUAUUACCACCAGAUGACUCUCAUGGCAGGCCACCCCGCGCCGUAUGGGGACCUGCUGAUGCAGACGGGGGGUGCAGCCAGUGCACCCCAUCUCCAUGACUACCUCAAUCCAGUGGAUGUGUCGCGUUUCUCCAGCCCCCGGGUGACACCCCGCCUGAGCCGCAAGCGAGCGCUGUCCAUCUCCCCGCUCUCAGAUGCCAGCCUCGACCUCCAGCGCAUGAUCCGGACCUCGCCCAACUCGCUGGUGGCCUACAUCAACAACUCCCGUAGCAGCUCGGCCGCCAGCGGCUCCUAUGGACACCUGUCGGCCGGUGCCCUCAGCCCAGCCUUCACCUUCCCCCACCCCAUCAACCCCGUGGCCUACCAGCAGAUCCUGAGCCAGCAGAGGGGCCUGGGCUCAGCCUUCGGACACACGCCACCCCUGAUCCAGCCCUCGCCCACCUUCCUGGCCCAGCAGCCAGUGGCCUUCACCUCCAUCAAUGCCACACCCACCCAGCUCAGUAGCAGCAGCAACUGUCUGAGUGACGCCAAUCAGAACAAGCAGAGCAGCGAGUCGGCCGUGAGCAGCACCGUCAACCCUAUCAUCAUUCACAAGCGCAGCAAGGUCAAAACUGAAGCCGACGGCCUGCGGCCAGCCUCCCCACUGACCCUAACACAGGAGCAGCUGGCUGACCUCAAGGAGGACCUGGAGAGAGACGAUUGUAAGCAGGAGGCUGAGGUGGUCUAUGAGACCAACUGCCACUGGGAGGACUGCACCAAGGAGUACGACACCCAGGAGCAGCUGGUGCACCACAUCAACAACGAGCACAUCCACGGGGAGAAGAAGGAGUUUGUAUGCCGCUGGCAGGCCUGCACGCGCGAGCAGAAGCCCUUCAAGGCACAGUACAUGCUUGUGGUGCACAUGCGCAGGCACACAGGCGAGAAGCCCCACAAGUGCACGUUCGAGGGCUGCUCAAAGGCCUAUUCCCGCCUGGAGAACCUGAAGACUCACCUGCGCUCCCACACCGGGGAGAAGCCGUAUGUGUGUGAGCACGAGGGCUGCAACAAAGCCUUCUCCAAUGCCUCAGACCGCGCCAAGCACCAGAACCGCACCCACUCCAAUGAGAAACCCUACAUUUGCAAGAUUCCAGGCUGCACCAAGCGGUACACGGACCCCAGCUCGCUCCGGAAGCACGUGAAGACAGUCCACGGCCCAGACGCUCACGUCACCAAGAAGCAGCGCAACGAUGUGCACCUCCGCGCCCCCCUGCUCCGGGAGAAUGGGGACAGCGAGGCCAGCGCCGAGCCUGGCCGGGGCUCCGAGGACAACGCCGAGGCCAGCAGCACUAGCCAGGCCGUGGAGGACGGCCUGCACGUCAAGGCCAUCAAGACGGAGCGCUCUGGGCUGUGUCAGUCCAGCCCCGGAGCCCAGUCUUCCUGCAGCAGCGAGCCCUCUCCCCUGGGCAGUGCCCCCAACAAUGACAGCGGCGUGGAGAUGCCGGGGACAGGGCCCGGGAGCCUGGCAGACCUGACAGCUCUGGAGGACCCGCCGCCAGGGGCUGACACCUCCACCCUGGCCGCCCCCUCUGCUGGUGGCCUACAGCUGCGCAAACACAUGACCACUAUGCACCGGUUCGAGCAGCUCAAGAAGGAGAAACUCAAGUCACUGAAGGAUUCCUGCUCAUGGGCCGGGCCAGCUCCUCACACCCGGACCUCCAAGCUGCCUCCCCUCCCGGGAAGUGGCUCCGUGCUGGAAAACUUCAGCGGCAGUGGGGGCGGCGGGCCCGCGGGGCUGCUGCCCAGCCCGCGGCUGUCUGAGCUGCUCCCGGGCGAGGUGACGGUGCUGAGCCACCUGCAGGAGCGCCGGGACAGCUCCACCAGCACAGUCAGCUCCGCCUACACCGUGAGCCGCCGCUCCUCCGGCAUCUCCCCCUACUUCUCUAGUCGCCGCUCCAGCGAGGCGUCGCCGCUGGGCGCCGGCCGCGCGCACCCUGCCAGCUCUGCUGAUUCCUACGACCCCAUCUCCACCGACGCAUCGCGGCGCUCGAGUGAGGCCAGUCAGUGCGGCGGCGGCGGCCCGGGGCUUCUCCAGCUCACGCCCGCCCAGCAGUACAGCCUGCGGGCCAAGUACGCAGCAGCCACAGGUGGACCUCCCCCGACCCCGCUGCCGGGCUUGGAGCGCACGAGCCUGCGGACCCGGCUGGCGCUGCUGGAUGCUUCCGAGCGCGCGCUGCCCGCUGCCUGCCUGCGCCCGAUCGGGCCGCGGCGGGGCAGCGACGGGCCACACUACGGGCCCACGGGGCCGUUGCCCGCUUUCCCCCACGAGGCACCAGGCGGCGGGGCGCGGCGGGCCAGCGAUCCCGGGAGGCGGCCUGAUGCCCUGGUGGCGCCGCGGGUGCAGCGCUUCCACAGCGCCCUCGACGUGACCCCAGGCACGCUACCGCCACCCUGCGGCCAGGGCCGAGGCCUCCGCCUGCAAAGCCAUGCGAGCGCUGAAGGCAGCCUGGCCCGUAGCGGCUACUCGCCCCGGCCGCCCAGCAUCAGCGAGAACGUGGUGAUGGAAGCUUUGGCCGCGGGGGCAGACGGCACAGGCCCAGAGGUCAGCCUCGGACUGCCAGAGGACGACCUCGUGCUCCCCGAUGACGUGGUGCAGUACAUCAAGGCUCGUACCAGUGGCACCCUGGAGGAGAGUACCCCACCGGUGUACCUCCCAGAAAGCACCUGCUUCUCUGAGAACCCUAAACUGCCCAGCCCCGGGCUGCACGGCCAACGUACCAUAGCAGCUGCAGACUCGAACGUGGGCCCCUCCGCCCCGGUGCUUGGAGGCUGCCCACUGGGCUAUGGGGCCCCCUCCAGCCUGAGCAAGAACAGCAUGCCUGUGCAGUGGAACGAAGUGAGCUCAGGCACUGUGGAUGCACUGGCCAGCCAGGUGAAGCCCCUGCCCUUCCCACAGGGCAACCUAGCUGUGGUACCACAGAAGCCAGCCUUCGGCCAGUACCCAGGAUACAAUCCACAGGGCCUGCAGUCGAGCCCCGGGGGCCUAGACAACUCACAGCCGCACCUACAGCCCUACAGUGGAGCCUCAUCCACACCCAGGGCAAAUUAUACACAGCAGCUGCGGCAGCCAGGGGCUGGCAGCCAGUGUCCCAGCAUGACUGCUGCAGUGAACCCCCACCCUGGCUACAGCCAAGCCCACCCCCAGCUGAGCACCGUGGGUGGGACCCUGAACCAGUUCCCCUCCUCUUGCAGCAACAUGUCAACCAAGCCAGGCCACCUGGGUCUCCCCCAGCAAAUGGAAGUUGCUCCUGACCCCACCAUGAUGGGCAACAGCCACAGGGAGCUCGGCAUGCCCAAUUCCAGCCUGGCUGGGAUGCCACCACCUCACCCAGCCCAGAACUACCCACAGCAGAGUCAUCACCUUGUGACCACCAUGAGCCAGGAGGGCUACCACCAAGGCCCCAACCUGGUGCCUUCCCACCAACCUAGUUUCAUGGAGCCCCAGCAGGGCACGAUGGGGACAGCCGGAUCUAGCUUUGGCCUAAUGCAACCCCGGCCACCCCCAGAGCCUGGCCCUGCCGCCCGCCACCGUGGGGUACGUGCUGGGCAGCAGCUGGCCUAUGCCAGGGCAACUGGCCAUGCCAUGGCUGCUAUGUCAGCCAACCAGGAGAUGGCAGAGUCUAUAUCCAAGGGAACAAUGGGCAGCAUGUUGUCCCUACCCCCCCAGCCACCCCCGCAGGACACAGGUGGGACCCAGGACCACAGCAUGCUCUACUACUACGGCCAGAUCCACAUGUACGAGCAGAACGGAGGCCCUGAGAACCAGGCCGGCUGCCAAGCCCUGCGACCCCAGCCAACACAGCCCCAGGCCUUGCCCUCGCCAGGUGUCAACCAGGUGUCCAGCACUGUGGACUCCCAGCUACUUGAGGCACCCCAGAUUGAUUUUGAUGCCAUCAUGGAUGACAGCGAUCACUCCAGCUUGCUUUCUGGCGCCCUGAGCCCCAGCCUCCUCCAUGGCCUCUCCCAGAGCUCCUCCCGCCUCACCACCCCACGCGGCUCCCUGACUCUGCCCUCCAUCCCUGCUGGUAUCAGCAACAUGGCCGUGGGGGACAUGAGCUCCAUGCUCACCAGCCUGGCCGAGGAGAGCAAGUUCUUGAACAUGAUGACCUAA